GCAUUUCCUUACAGAGUGAGACCUCGGCCUGGCAUGCACCGGCUGCAUCCGUGAUCUGUGUGGGCGGGGCGGCUGGCAGCUAUAAGAGAUAAACGCGGGCCGGGUCAGGCAGACAGCUCGCAUCGAAGCAAGAUGAAGCUGCACAGCGUCUAGCAAAUGGUGAGCGAAAAGAUGUCAGAGGUCAACGAGAGCAGCGUCCACCACGGCCAGUACGAGAAGCGAAAUGAAGGAGGCGAGCUCCGCUCGCAAUGCCAGCUGCUGUCCGGCGACUUGUCGGAUGACGACAGCGGUGGCGUGCACGACGAGGUCAGCGUGGUGGCCCUCAACAUGGACAAAUGCGGACGGCUGCGUCUGGAGACGGUGGACGACCUGUUCAACAUCUUGCAGCUGAGAAAGAGGAGACGCCAGAAGAAGGCGCCUGUCUGCAGGAAGUCUGCGCCGUCCACUGAGAUGCUGCCCGACACGGUAGAAGCGCCACUGUUCCUCGCUGCCGUCGUGGACAACAAGAUGGCCAUCGUGCACAAGUACCUUAACGAGGGAGGAAACCCUGAUGCCGUUGACCACUUCCAGAGGACUGCCCUCCAGAAGGCUUCCUUCAAAGGUCAUGUGGAGAUCAUGAUCACGUUGCUGGACGCCGGCGCCAAUAUUGACAGGAAGGACAAACUGGAGUCGACGGCGGUCCACUGGGCCUGUAGGGGCGGGAGCCUUCCUGCCCUUCAACUACUACUGCAGCGCGGCGCCAAGAUCAGCGCUAGAGACAAGCUGCACAGUUGCCCUCUGCACGUGGCUGUCAGGACAGGACAUCUCCAGUGCGCCGAGUACCUCAUCCACUGCGGCGCCGACGUCAAUGCCAGAGACAGGGACGGCGACACCUGCAUGCACGACGCGGUGAGGAUCAAUCGCUUCAAGAUGAUCAAGCUUCUCAUGAUGUACGGCGCCAGUCUGAACCUCAAGAACUGCGACGGGAAGACGCCCAUGGAGACGCUGUACUCGUGGCAGAACGGCGCCAAGAGCCUCCUGUUCAAUUUCAGCGAGGAGAAGGCGGAGCUUAACGAAAAGACCAUGUGAUGUGGUUGCCUCCCGGCAGCCGAUUGUUGACGUCUACCGAAUGUGAAAAGCACCAGCGGAACGUUAUGGUCAAAUGUUGCUGGACGACAUUUUGGGCUUUUUCUUCCCGUUGUUGACGCUGCCUCAUUUCCCCCCCCCCCCCCCCCCUUUUUCCUCUCGAUUACAGACGGCCAGUGUACAUUUUUUGGGAUGUUUUGAUCGACUUGGAACGAGCUUGUGUCCCCUGAUGAUGACAACACGUCCAGAUGUGUUAGCUAGCAGCGAGUUGCAAAAGGGACAUGAAAGUUGCCAAUAAAGUGAACUGGCUUGA